GAGAGUGCACCUGAGCCCCGCCCCCGCCCACCCCAGCCCCGCCCACGAGCACCUUGAGCCCCACCCCGAGCACCUGAACCCCGCCCCUGCCCACAUCAUUAACGCCUCACAGGAGUUUAUGCAGACAGGGGACAAAGAGGAUGAGGACCUGUUUCUGUACGACAUGUUUGACAUCAGUGCUCAGGGGGAGGAGCUACAGGAGGCACACACCUGUCAGGGCUUCACACAAAACCCCAGAGUCCACAGAACGGUCCAGGAGAAGGUCCAGGUCCGACCGAGACCCCAGAGUCCACCUGAGACCCACCAAAACCGGUUGUGAUCCGCGCAGAGUCCAGCCCGCCCUCCAGACCGCAGCCCAGAGACCUGCUCCCAUCUCCACACCCCCACGAGACUUCAGGAAGACGAGGAGACGACCUUCAUCAAGACCUUCAUCAAGACCUUCAUCCAAACCCCGAGGAGGAAACGUCAGUGACGGUAAAACAAAGAUCCGGAAAAAAAACCUGGAGAAUCUUCAGAAAGAACCCGGCUUCACCUGCCCACAGUGUGACAGGAGCUUCAGCUCGGCUCUGACCCUCAGGAGACACGCAGGUGUUCACUCUGACCUCAGACCAUUCAGCUGUUCACUCUGUCCGUACUCCAGCCGCCUCCGAGCCUCCCUGCUGCAGCACCAGCGCACGCACACAGGUGAGAGACCUUUCGGGUGCUCAGUCUGCUCGUACGCGUCGAUCGACCGCAGCUCUCUCCUCCGACACCAACGACUCCACAACAACGAACGACCGCACUGCUGCCCCCACUGUGACUACAGCAGUAUCCAAAAGAAGAGUUUGGACCUGCACCUCCAACGCCACCACACCCCCACCUGACAGCACCUGACAGCACCUGACAGCACCUGACACCACCUGACAAUACCUGACAAUACCUGACAACACCUGACGCCUCCACACCCCCACCUGACAGCACCUGACACCACCUGACAACACCUGACAGCAUCUGACAGCACCUGA